UGGUGCGCGUGUGUUGGUGACUGCGCAUCCUUUAGUGACUGAGGACUAGGCUUAGUUAGUGAUUGGCUAUGUGGUACUGACUACAUGGCGAUGUCAGUUUACCAGGGCAAUCGUCUCGUGAGGGCGAUAUGCCUCCUGUGGUUCGUAUGUCUGUCAGUUGGGCAAGACGAAAGAACAUCUCAAGCGAGCCAAGUCGAAGCAGAAGUGAGAGCGGGAUUGACAGCUCAAAUUUUACCAACCCGAGCGAGCGAAGCCAACCGACUACCAGCCAUUCAAGCAACGAUAGGGAAUGAUAAAAACUCGGAAGACAGAAAAGAGAAUACGGAACCGAAGAAGGACAAUUUAAAGGAAAUCAAUUAUGAACCAACAGUCGAGGAACAUUUUAGCUUUACGAACGAUUUAAAAGAAGGAUAUCUAGAGCUUUCGCCAACUAAGGCGGGCCCAGGCAACUCAGGGGCCAUCCUCCGCACGGCUUCGGGGGAAGGAUCUGGGGGCCCCCGUGGGAAGGUGGGGGGGCCCACUGCUGGUCGCAAGUCCAGCCCGGAUAUCCAGGAGAUCAUCACGGGUUUUGUCAAGCUGCUCAACGGCAACACACCCGCGGUGCCCCCUAGGCCGGUGAGGACGCGGAUUAACAAUCGCGGACCACCUCGCAUCACGGAUCUUCCUCCUCUUGUCUUGGACCCACCGAGGAGGGAUCCACCACCUUAUCCAUUCGAGAGGCCACAAGGAGUAAUCAAACCCUUUGUAUCAGGGGUGCCACUGCCAGAACAAAUUGUACCCACUGAGCCACUGCCUAUGCGACCUCCGUUGCGUCCGGUGAGGAACAGAACGCAAGAAGUCAUCCAGCCGACUCGGCUUCCUAUCACUCCUCAAGUCUUGGGCACGGCAGUGUCCUCUACUGUACAGGAAGCUCCUGCUAACCUGUCCAAGGUAGAUAACUAUACAACCACAACCAAACCACCACCUACGAACGCAACUACCGCAUCACCUCCAACAACUGUAAAUCGAUCUACAACCACUACCAAUCCACCUACUACCACAACAAAUAGGACUACAACCACUACAAAUAAGCCUACCACGACUACCAACCGCGUAACGUUGGCUCCACCAACCACUACGAAUGCAACAACGACCACUACCCGAAAUACAACUCCUAAAAUAGAAAUCAAGAUCCCUCCUGUAACAAUGAAGACCCCCGUCGAACAAGAUAAGAAGAAGAAGAUUGCUGUCAGUCCGAGUACGACUAUAGAACCCUCAAUAGUCGAGGUGGUCACCGUCGAGGAGACGAAAUGGAACGACACGCGGACUAAAGUUACAGGAGGAUAUGCGCCCAGACCUGGAAUAGUACUAGAUGAUCCAGAGUAUAAGCCAGGAAUAGGAAAGAGGCCAACAGUAAUAGAGACCCAUGGAGGAGGGCAAGUCUUUGAUAUCACAGUAUCUGCGGUCCAGGGGCCUGAUCAGCCUUCGAAGACUGGUCAACCUGUGGUAUAUCCAGGUACGGCAGAGAGAAUUGAGCUGGAAGGAGUCAGCCUGCCUGGAGCUGGAAAUGGUGAGGUCUCGGUCAUCACCUCAGCUGAGGCUGGCCAACAUUUUGUCUCUAUUGAUGGAAAGAGGACCUACAUCAGCCUUUUUGGAAGUAGUGAGGCACCUGCUAUAAAACCUACACCUGUUCAACGACCCCAAAUGAAAACAACUCAAGGAACGUAUACUGGGACAAGAGUAAAGCGACCUCCUCAAAGUGGAAGAAGACCUCAACAACCCGCUGUACGAAUAGACACAUGCAUCGUUGGUGACUGGAGUACCUGUGACAGCGAACAACAUGAGACUUGUAGAACAGAGCAAGGUGUCUCAUCUUGUCACUGUUCUCCAGGAUAUAGUAGGCGCAGUCAUAGGCAGCCAUGCAAGAGAGUAGUUUCAUUGGUGACAUCUGUUCAAGUGGAUAAAUUCUACGACCAAAAAGUGACUUGGAGUGAAAAACUAAAGGACCCUGAUUCUCAGGAAUAUCUUCAACUGGAAUAUGAAGCGAUCAGAGCAAUGGAAUCAGCGAUGUCAAUGACACCAUUCUCAGAUGCCUAUAUGGGUGCUAAGGUGAAUGGAAUCUAUACACACCCGGGAUCAGCACAGAGACCAGUUUUUGUUAAUGUUACACUCCAAGUUGAGGAGAAUGCUGAAAAUCUGCGGCCGCAGGUUAGGGGAGAAAUCCAGAGGCACCUUUUAGGAGCUAUUCAUCGAAGAGGCAAUAAUAUUGGAACAUCUCAUUUGUGGGCCCCUACAACCAAUGGGGUUUCCCAUCUUCAAGAUUUGGAUGAGUGUUCUUCACCUGAUCUGAAUGAUUGUCAUAAUGCAGCUACUUGUCGUAACACCUUUGGUUCAUUUGAGUGCACCUGUCCUCCUGGUUAUAAGGAUGAAUUUUCAACAGUAUCACACAAGUCUGGGAGAAGAUGUGAAACUUGUGGACCAGAAUUUUGUAAUCAUCGAGGAACAUGCUCUUAUAGCAAUUCUCAACCAGUCUGUCAGUGCUCUGGGAACUAUUAUGGCUCACAAUGUGAAGUUGAUGGUGAAGUGCUAGGAGUAGCAAUUGGAGCAUCUGUUGCAGCUGUUAUUAUUAUACUUUCAACUCUCGCAUGUCUUUGCAUGUGGAGUCGACGAUGGAAUAAAGAAGAAAAGGUGGGUAUGGGCUCACCAGUAUUUGGAUAUAUGCCAUCUGGUGGAAGUAGUGUAAAAACGCCAGGUAUCGGUGCUCCACCUUACCAAGUAUCUCUGGAAGAUAGAAUGCGUUGGGCGCAAAUAGCUGAUGUUAUGGCUCACUCAACCAAUCACUACGCGGUGGGUCCUGAACCUGUUAAUAUCCCAACAAGACCUUCAUCUGCAAUGUUUGGUUAUGGAGGUACUCUUCCAGUUGCGCCAAUGCCAUUGCCCAGAUUGGGUUUAAGAUCUGGGCAAAAUACAACAAGACAUGAUUCUAGUAGUGAGGAGGAAGACAGGGCAGAUUUACUUGGACGAAGCUUCCAGGUUCCUCGCCCUAAAAGUAGAAGCUCUAUAGCGAAUCAGAGUGGUAUUUACUAUGAUGUGGACUAUGAACAGCAGCAGGGUGACCACUUUACAACUACUAAAUCACAUCCUGGCUGCAUCGCGCUCAAUACGUAUACGCUAGGCAGAGCACACUACUACAGGACAUGAAAGACGUACCUGCCAUCAUGCCUAGCAUUUAUGAACUGUGAUUAAUAAUUAUGGAAGGAUAUUAAAGUGAAAGAAUUAAAGAAAAACUUUACACACAGUCAUAAAUAAACCUAUUAUUACAAACAAGAGGGACAUAUAAUAACUGUUAUUAUGACUUGAAAUAAAAGUGGGACCUCUUUUGUAUAUUACUAACAUUUGUAUUGUUUAAAAAAAAAAAGUUGUUUAAUUUUGUUAUAUUGAAGAAUGCUUUCUUCAAUGAUUCGGUAUGUGUUUUUAUUUUCUUAUUGUAACUAAUGGACAUAUCGGUUGACGUUCACAUCCUUUUGAUAAACCAAAGUUAUACUAUGUUCAGGUACAUAUUAUUAAAGAAUUAUAAAUCCAAAAGACAAAAUUCUUUUGUGGUCUAACUUGAAUUCUUUUAUGCUGUAAAUAUAUAAAUAUAUAUACAUAAUUAUAUUAAAAUAGAUAUUGCCUAUUGUUAAGGGCUAAUUUAGUUAUAAAAUAAGUUAUUUUACCUAUAUAAUGCGGCUAUUAAUUUAGAUCAUGACCUAUAGUGAUACUUAUAUUUUAAAUUAAUAUCGUAAUUCAAUUUUAGCUAUCUAGCUAAAACAAAGACCAUGCUUGGAACCCAAUUAUUUACUUUGUACAUAUAUAUAUUAUUUACACUAGAGAUAUUAAUCAGUAUCGAGGAGUUUUGAGCUAAACUUUCUUUAAGUACUCUUAGAAAUUCAUUAAUAAAAGAAAUAUAAAAUAUUUCAGCCCAACUAGCCCAAUUUUUUAAAUCCAUUAAAUUAUCUUUCUAUUAUAUAGAUUGAUAUUUUGUAAUAUGUCUUUGGUAUAUUAAUUCAAUAUUUCAGUGAAAUAUGAACUGGUUGGUGGUCAAGAAAAGAAUUCCAAAUUGUAAAUUUAUUUAUUUUAAUUUUUGAGAUUCCUUUCUUGAGGCCAUCCUGUAUAUUAUUUUGAGUUUUAUCCAUAGUCAACUAAUAAUAAUUAUGCAAUAAUUAAAACAUGUUUUAAAUAUAGUGAUCGCUCUUUUUUAAUAAAUUUGUCCUUAACAUUUAUUUAUUUUUUAAAUUGAAUAUAAUAAACCAGCUGGAAUGAUCAUCACAUUAGUCUCAGUUAAAAACAAAAAAAAGUGACAAAACUAACUUUUCCACAAUUAGUUGACCUUGAAUGUGAUAAAAUUCUUUAAUGUUGUUAUAAAUUCUGUUUUAAAUUUAUUUAUGCAACUGAACUGAUGUGCUGAGAAUAGUGGUUGAAUAAAUUAUCUAUAUGUUUUAUCUUCUCUUUUUUUUUUUUAAUGAGAUGACUUACUUAGUAAUCUCUCUGUUGAGAAAUAUAUUGUAAAUGAAAAGUAAGAAAACUGCAUUUUUCCAAUUUUGAUGAAUACACUUACAAAAUUUCAUCCAGAAUUAAGUCAUAAGUUUCAAGCAUGUUAUUGUGAACAAGUAAUAAAUGCAAAAUUUUCUAAAUUAGACAGCUUUUAAAGAUCUACAUAAAAGAAACAUAGACUUAUAUUUGAUAAGAACGAAGAAUUAAUGAUUUAAUUAAAUUAAUGUAAUUUUUUGUUAUAUUUUUUAUAAAAUACAUUUAUCACUCUAGGUAACCAAAUUAUAAUAGUCAGCAAUUUUAUAAUGCUCGAAGGAGACCUGUAUGUACAUUAUGAAAUGGGGAAAAGUAGAAAUGUUUGUAUUUGAACAAUUACCUUUAAAGUUUCAAAUUGAAAUAUUUUUAACUUUAAGGGUAUUUGUUUGAUGAUUAUUGAAUAAUGUUAAUAAUUUAUGUAUUAGUAAAUUAUAUUAACUAGAUUUCAUUUUUAAAUUUUAAAAUAAAUGUUUCCUUUUU